AUGAAUGAACUCCUAAAUAGUAACGCCACGAUCAUUUGUAAUAACAUCCCUAUUAAUAUUAAUCGUUUUGAAAUUACUGAGAUAUUUAGUAAAUAUGGUCCUUUAUUAGGUCAAGGCAUAUAUUUUGGAAAAAAAAAUAGCAACUUUUUUUUUGUAAAAUAUGUUCAUUUUAAGGAUGCAAUAAAAGCUUACGAAAAUUUAAAAAAUGAAAAGGAAUGUGAACAUGAUUUCAAAUUAUCAUUCAGCAAAAAUGAUGAGAUAAAAUAUAAAGCUUUAAAAGAUAUUUUUUAUAUAUAUCUUAUAAAGUUUAUGUGUGUUAUAAAAAUACAAAGAAAUAAGAAAGCUAUUGAAGAAUUAAAAAACAUUUAUAAACAAAAUGAUGAAUUAAAAAGUCAAGAAGACAUAGGCAAUUAUAUCCUCAACGAAAUAAACGAACAAAACAAUGAACUAUUGAAAAAAAAGAAGAAAGAAAAAGAAAUGGAGAAAAAAAAAGAUAAAGCUUUCAUCUUAAAUUUGUUAACCAAUAUUGAUGAGACAAAAGAAAAUGAGCAAGAUAUCAAGUUAAAGGAGGAACUGAAAAAUUAUGUUAAUCUAAAUUCUCUAUGUUCUUAUCAUUUUGAUGAAAAUAAUAAAUAUGAUAAUUAUUUAACACCAACGUUUCCAAAUUAA